AUGCUACUCUCGAAAGGUGUCCGUUGUGACAGAGGCAACCCAUGUGGUAACUGCCAGGAUAACAAUACCAUAUGCGCUCGUCUGCGAGCCACCAAGCGAGCCAGAAACACCACUCAGCUGGCGGUGAUAGGAAACAGAGAUCAAAUAUGUCCAAAAUCACCCCAAGCAGCCCCAAAGCCCCAAGUUCCGCAAAUUUCAUUAUCGGGACUACACGACUAUUCUGCAACCAGAUAUUCCGGGUUUGACUCUGAACAGUCUCGCGGGGCAUCUCUCGAUAAGCCUCUCUUGCUUCACGAUGCUCAUGCCACCAUUCAAUAUCACCUAGACCAUCUGGAAUGGCUCACCAUCAAUCGCUGCCAGAUCUUGGAAUCGGGGUUGAGGCUGGCUUCUCAACUCUCAGAGAGCUUUGAGGACCCGGUGCACGUUGUUAGUGACAUCGCCGUCGAAGAACAAAUAAGAACCCCUUCUUUUGAAUUACUAGCCUGGAUGUUAAAAGACAUCAAGGAGGCAAGCUUCGGCCCAUGUGUUAGGGAUUAUUUCAGGCACAUAUCUGAAGCGACACUAAAGCAAAUGGGACUCACUUUGCUUCAUAGGACUGGCUUGCCUCACGACUUGCUCAUCAGCACUGUUUGUGUCAAUGCCGUGGCCUCCAAGUUUCUGACUACCAUCACCAACACUGGAAUUGAUAGUGAACUGAUCCAUGAAAUGACACAUAGCGUAGUGCAAUUCCAGGCCGCAGCAAAAGUAGCUCUUCGAAGCAUUUCUCUCUUAACAAGUCCUUCGCUCGGACUCUUACAGGCGGUUCUUUCUGGUAUAUUCCUCUACCAAGGAUCCGGUGACAUCACUACAUGCUGGGAGCUUACCAAAGCUGCCUGCAGGGUGUGUAUAAGUCUGGGUCUUGAUACUAUCAUGAAGACAGGAGGUGCUGUGAGUGAAGAAGAGUAUUACUGUGUCGCUUGGUGCUAUGUUCUUGAUAAGAAUUUUGCUUUCAAGAUGGGAAGAUUCGAAACUUUACUCGAUAUUGAAAUUGGACACUUCACUUCUCUGCUAUCCAGCCAUCAGCACUACACGUCAGACCUCUUUCAAAUUUACAUGAAUCUUGCUGGAGUACAGGCUGCUGUCGUGCCGUACCUCAGGGGGCGCUCGUCAAUGCUGCCAGAUGGUUUAUCAUCUUCACAUGGAAUCGGGAAACAUUGGUUGGUGAAUAUGCAACGAAUUCAGGAGAGGAUUGAGCGAAUAUCGGGCCCAUAUCCGGCCUGGAAAGGCCUAGAUGCUCAAUCUGAAAUAUCAGCUCUUCAAUUCGCCUAUCAUUCGGUUAUGACCACCAUCUUCCAUAUCAUUGAGGGUGCAGGAAACCAGUCUGUUAAUAUAUGGAAACAGUGUCUGCUAGAAGCCCGCCAUGGCAUAUCUUCACUGGUGUCGAUAUGUAUGUCAGCCGAAAGGCAAAGUACGGUGGCCUUGUUGCACUGGACACUGCUCGUCUACCCUAGUACCGCAUACUUCGUGUUAUUCUGCAAUGUCGUCGCGACAUCAGAUACUGAUGACUUCAAACUCAUGACAACAAUUGCGGAUUGCCUGACACGUAUUGAAACGACAGGCCGUCCAAUUAUUCAAGUGCGAACGAUCUUCCGCCACUUUUUAUCUCUGGCUGGAGGAGUCUUCCGCGACCAACCAAACGCAAUGGUGGUAACUCAAGAUCACCAAGUACAGCCCGUACAGUCUCACUCGAAUACAUUGCAACAUUGGAUGCCUGACAGCCUAUUUCUAUCUUCGACGGCUGACGCCAUUCCUCCUUUUUCCCCAUCUCUACUGGCUGGAGUGGAGGAUUUCUCUGGGAUGCUGUCUACUUUUCCGGAGAAUGAGAUGUUUACGCCCUUUAGCGAUCGUUUUCCUGAUUUUGGAAAUGGUCCUAGCAUCUGA